AAAUUUUAUCAUAUAUUAUGAUGUCCAAUAUGUAACGAUUUAAAAAGCUUUAAUUACAUUUGCACACAGGACAUUUUAUAUAUGGAGUAGGUUAAUUUGGCGCGCACCGGUGCGCAUUUUAUAUGGCAUUUUCUCGCGUAAUCGUCGAUUAUAACCUAAAAAGUGAAAAUUAAAAAAAAAAUAUUGAAUCUGUUUAUCAUUUAUAUUCUUUAUGAUAGCGAUUUGAAAGAAAGAAAAGAGUUAGCGACGAUGUUUGAAGCUCAUAGUAUUAAUGCAGAACACAAAGAUUUGAUACACGAUAUAGCUUAUGAUUUUUAUGGGCAGCGCAUGGCCACAUGCUCCAGCGAUCAAUUUGUAAAGGUUUGGGACGAAGACGAACAUGAAAAUUGGCAUUUAACUGCAUCAUGGAAAGCGCACAGUGGAUCUGUGUGGAAAGUUACUUGGGCACAUCCGGAGUUUGGACAAGUUUUGGCUACUUGUUCGUUUGAUCGGACAGCCGCAGUCUGGGAAGAAAUUAUUGGAGAAGGAUCGGGACCGGGUGAAAGAGGAAUGAGGCAUUGGAUACGCAGGACAAAUUUGGUUGAUUCAAGAACAUCGGUUACGGAUGUGAAAUUUGCCCCAAAGACGCUGGGCCUAUUAUUAGCAACGUGUAGUUCAGACGGGGUAAUUAGGAUAUACGAGGCACCGGAUGUCAUGAAUUUAAGUCAAUGGACAUUGCAACAUGACAUUAGUUGUAAACUUGCAUGCAGCUGUUUAGCCUGGAAUCCAUCACUUUCAAGACUUCAUCCACCGAUGAUAGCCGUUGGAAGCGACGAUAGCAAUUCAUCGAGCGGAGGCAAAGUAUUUAUAUACGAAUAUGCUGAGAAUAGCAGGCGUUGGGCAAAAACAGAAACCAUAUCCAGUGUCACAGACGCCGUACACGAUAUAUCGUUUGCACCAAAUUUAGGACGAAGCUAUCAUACUUUAGCAAUUGCAACGAAAGAUGUACGAAUAUUAUCAUUGAAGCCACUGAUAGAAUCUGCUCAAACUGGAUUGUCAAGGUUUGAGAUAACAACGAUAGCGCAGUUCGAUGAUCACUAUUGUACGGUAUGGAGAGUUUGUUGGAAUAUAAUGGGAACGAUACUGGCCAGUUCUGGGGAUGACGGCUGUGUGAGAUUGUGGAAAGAUAAUUAUAUCAACAAUUGGAAAUGCGUUGCUGUAUUAAAAGGCGAUGGAACCUCUGCUCAAAGUGCAGAAAAUGCUGUAUCUACACCUCCAAAUUCAAGUCAUAAUUUAGGCGCUCAGCAGCCUCUUUCAACGACAAGGUACUACAAACUGGGUUCCAUCAGCCAUCCAAAUCAAGUGCCUUGGCACUGAUAAUAAUAAUAAUAAUAAUAAUAAUAAUAAUAAUAAUAAUAAUAAUAAUAAUAAUAAUA